UUACGUUGUUGCUGCUAUACUACGUAGAGGAUUGCAUCCCCGGGCGGCGAAAGCAGCUCGCAUGGGCAGGAGCGGCGCUCUCGCACCUCAGCAUUCGGAAUACGAUAGUCAGUACCCCCGACCGACGGCCCCGAUGCAGGUCGGCUAUCCUUCCUACACGGCGAGCAGCCCAAGUCCGAGCGGACUGGGAGCGAUGCCGCCGCUGCCGUACGACCAGGCGGGCUACUACCGUCAGAGCUACUCGACGAUGGCGGCAAUGAAUCCCGGGAUGACGGGCAUGUCCGGCAUGUCGAUGGGUUCGAUGAGUUCCAUGUAUCACGACCAGUACGGCACGAUGGCGGCGGCGGCGCGGCCGUACGCGAGCCCGUACGGCGCCGCGCAGCAUCACGCGCAGGCGAAGGACAUGGUGAAGCCACCCUACUCGUACAUCGCGCUGAUCGCGAUGGGGAUUCAGAACGCUCCCGAGAAGAAGAUCACGCUCAACGGCAUCUACAGCUUCAUCAUGGAACGCUUUCCGUUCUAUCGCAACAACAAGCAGGGCUGGCAGAACAGUAUCCGUCAUAAUCUCUCCCUGAACGACUGCUUCGUCAAGGUGGCGCGCGACGACAAGAAACCGGGCAAGGGCAGCUACUGGACGCUCGAUCCGGAAUCACUCAACAUGUUCGACAACGGUAGCUACCUGCGUCGGCGGCGACGCUUCAAGAAGCAGAAGGACCCGGAGCGCGACAAGGCGAUGCGACAUGCCCACAAGGAGGACGGUGAGACUCCGUUGCGGGGCCGGGACCACGUCGGCAGUCCCGAGCGUAACAAUAGCGGUGACGCGAGCAAGGACUCGUGCGUCUAUCAGACGGGCGGCGGUGCCGACGAACCGCUCGCCGACGUCAGCGGCGGCGACUCGACGGAUCGCGACACUCAGGAAUCGUCGUCGGCGGCGGCCGUGACCAAACUCGAGCCGAUCGACAUCAAGGCGAGCGAGCUGUCGUCGUGCAUGAAGCCGGACGUGCCGAAAGCGCCGCUGCAGCCGACGAACGCCGCGCUGCUCGACGACGCGCAGGGCGUCAGUAACUUCUCCGUCGAGAACAUUAUGACGAACGCGGCGACGAGCACGGCCGUCGACGUCGGCACGACGGUGACGACGUCGUCGCCGCGCGACCACUACCUGAUGGGCGGGUACGUGCCAAGCGGCGCGCGCGACGCCGGACUGUACUCGGCGAGCUGCGGGCAGACGAACAAUCUCUACCAGUGCAGUAUGCAGAGCUACAACGUGGUGAAUCGCGACAGCAGCAUGCAGCACAUGAGUAUCGUUCCAUCGCAGGUCGAGGACGGACAGGUGAUGACGCAGCUCGGCAGCGCUCCGCCGUCGAUGCUCAGCCAGCAUCAGUCGUACAUCACGCGCACGAACCCGUGGUAUAGUGAGGCGUCGGUGCGCGCUGCCGAUCCGACGGGCAGCUACACAAUGUACGACGCCAGCCGGUACCUGUCGCCGGCACCCGAACAUCUGAACUCUAGCGCCUGCCAGGCGGGUCUCCGGUCGGCCUACCGAACGCCGACGUCCGGCUAUCCGUACGACUGCAGCAAGUUCUGACAACGGUACUGAAAGACUAAUCACAUUUUUCUCACACUCACUGUUUCUCUUCUGUCUCUUCCUCUCUCGCUGCUGCUGCUGUUGCUGCUGCGGGAUGUCAUUCGAAGCGAUACCUGCGUACGCGCGUGCGUGUAUCAUCAUCGUCGUCGUCGUCGUCGUCGUAGCCAUCGUCGUCAUCGUCGCGCACGCGGAUGGCGACGCCGCUGCACAUAUAAAUAUAAAUACGUAUACACACGUAAAUUACGUUCGUUUUUUUUAAAAAGAAAAAAUCAAAUAGCCUCCCGUAUUAUACGGGAUGCAGAUCGGAGACAGCAUUGCGUUGGUGGCGUUAUUGUCACGAAAGCAGGUUCGCUGAGAUGAUAUCUUGAAGUAAUUCCUUGUUGACAUUGUAUAAGCGCUGUUAAAUCGAUAUAGGAUGCACGUAAUCAUUACGAACUUGGUGUGGUAUUAUUAGUAUAUAUAUUUUAAAUAUUUGUUUUGACAAUGCGGUUCCCCUAUAAAUAAGUCGCGCAUGCUAACCUGCCAAGCUUGCGCCCUAUAUGAGUAACGUAUAGUUAUAUAGCUGUUGUGAAAGGUAAUAUCGCGACGGUACCAUUGCUCUUUCUGACAUGUGUGUAAAGGGUUGCAUCUUCGUAAACGUUACAGAGCAAUAGCAAACUAUAUACGAUAUCCAGCAAACUGACAAUCUCUCUUCGGACAAGCGACAUGUUAUAUUAGCGUUCGUCGUCGGAUUUCCAUCUGCGUGUAAAAAUUUGAACUAGAUUGGACAGUGACACGAUCGAUCACAUUAAAUAUGUUAAACAACAA